CAAGCGCUGCAGACAUUGCAGGAGGUGCUGCAUUAGUUCAUAAGCUUCUAACUAGAAGGUGGUCGCUGCUUUUUGUGGUUAAUCACAGACAAGCGUCUGGUAAAAGAGCCGUCACAUAAAGCCGGAGGAGCAGAGCCACGCACGCUCUACCCGGGGACUGUCACACGACAUGAGACGCCACCACACAGGUUGCAGAAAGUGACUGCUGAACGAAACGGAAGAAGAGAAGUCGGACCCUCAGCUCGCUCUCCGUCUUACAAAGAUCCCCUCUAUAUGCCCCUGCAGCUGCCCACCAUGAAUUUUCGCAGCCACCGGCUACUGCGCCGCUCUCCUCCGCCUCCCCCGGCGAUCUCCAGCAAACCCACCCCAGUCGGCGGGACUUCUAGCAGCGGACUGUCCAACUUGAGCAGUAUCGCCCAGAUCAGCCCCUGCCUGUACCUCUCCAGCGGGAACGCAGCAGGCAGCCGCCAACUGGUCUACGCCCGCAACGUCACCUGCAUCGUCAACGCCACCCUCGAGAUCCCCAACUCCAACUGGCCAGACGUCGACUACAUAAAAGUGCCGGUGCCCGAUCUACCACACGCCCCGUUGGCGCUGUACUUUGACUCCGUGGCGGACAGGAUUCAUCAAAAUGGAAAGAGGAACGGCAGGACUCUGGUGCACUGCGUGGCAGGGGUAAGCCGUUCGGCCACCCUCUGCAUCGCCUACCUGAUGAAGUAUCACCGCCUGUCCCUUCUAGAUGCCCACCAAUGGGUCAAGACCAGGCGGCCCGUGGUACGGCCGAAUGCUGGAUUCUGGCAGCAGCUGAUCCAGUAUGAGAAGAAGCUGUUUGGCAAAAACACUGUACGAUUGGUGCCAUCGCCACUAGGACUUAUACCUGAUAUAUACGAGAGAGAAACCCGUAAUCUCAUCCCUGUAUGGGGCUUCAGAUAAAGAGGACCUCUUUUCUCAAA